AUGUCUCGCUCUCCAAAACUAGAGUCGCUGUGGCUGGACGAGCCUUCCACGAGGAAGAAGGACAAGGUCCUUCGCGUCCUGCAAACCAAGAGCGCACAGAUCCUGCACUACUUUGACGUUGAGCCCGAAUUCGCCAAGAGCCGCAAAAAGUCUCCAUUGCUGAUCAGCACGCCCUUCGGCUUCAACCACAUGUCUCAUCUCAGUGACAAAGACGCCUUUGGUCUGGACAAGGCGUUCAAAGAGGCCGACCUAAGCUUGCUGCCAAAAGUGCUGAAGACGGCUCCAGAACAGUCUUUGCCGUGUCUGGCCGUAUCUUCCUUCAGAACUUCGCCCAACACGGUCGGUAACUCGGAACGAGAAUCGCGUCCCUCCUCCAGACACUUCCGAGUUAACUCCACGUCCUCUGCCUCGCAGCUUCUGAGCAGAGCCAACUCCACGUUCACCCGCUCCACCUCGAUAUCCACCCUCAGCUCCCUGGCGCCUUCCAUCCAGGAAAGCCCAAUGAGAAUGCUCAAAUGCAAUGAUCGACUGCCAUCGAUUCCUCAGGAACAGUCAGAGCCAGAUUUCUAUAGGUCUUCAGAAUCCUCGGAGAACUCUCAGUUUUCUGCCAGAAGCAACAGAGAGUCUCAAGACAGUUCUGACCAGGAAGACGUCCAUCUCCAGAAAUUCGAGUUUCCGCAGUUCUUGCAAACACCUACAGACAGAACCCCUACUAACCCACCACACAUCCGCAAAGUGCCCUCCAUCGGCUCUCCUGUCGACUCGCGCGACUCGGCUUUCACUUUCGAGCUUCUGUCAAUCCCGGAAUAUGUCCGAAACAGCGGUGUCGCGAAGAACAAAGAGCCUACUAGUGAAUACCUUCUCUCCUGUACCUUUUCGGAGGACGAGAAUGACGAAAACGAGCACAACUCGGAGUCGGAAGACACUCUUAUUGCGUUGAACGCGGCGAACAUCAGCAGGCUGUCAAGGCUGAGUGUGGCCACAGAGCUGGACUUCUCGGGCCCAUACUCAAAGACGAUUAGUCAACUCCGUCUGCCGGAAAUUGCCGACGAGGAUGUAUAUUAA